UAUAGUAAACAGUUAACCAGGUUGUAAAAAUAUGGGAAGUUGGGUGAAUAAAACACACCUAAAAACACAUUGUGCAUUGAAUGGGCGGCAUAUCCUGAGAGGAAGAGACGUUUUUUUUUUGGAAUACAAGAUUCACAACAACAAGCCUAUAUAUUUUAACCCAGAAGACACUCCUCGCUUGUCAGUUGACAGUACGGACUUGCUACACUUUGGCUUCUUCAUUAAACUUAUGACGCUGUUGAAGCUGUUCCUCAGAGCUCUUCUGCUCCUUCAGCUUGCUCUGCUGCUGCUGGCUGAAGCUGCUGACCCUCAAACCCUGAGCUGUCCUGCUUAUGCUGGAGUUCCUGGCACUCCUGGGCACAACGGUCUGCCUGGCAGAGACGGAAGAGAUGGAGCCACUGGACCCAAAGGAGAGAAGGGAGAGCCAGGAGUGAAUGUGCAGGGGCCACCAGGUAAAGCAGGACCACCUGGACCAGCCGGAGCAAAGGGUGAAAGAGGACCAUCAGGCUUACCAGGACGGGACAGCAUGUCUGACUCACUGAAAUCUGAGCUCCAGAAACUCAAUGACAAGAUUGCUCUAAUUGAGAAGGUUGUGAAUUUUAAAACGUUCAAAAAAGUUGGACAAAAAUACUACGUUACUGAUGGCAUCGAGGAGUCUUUUGAUAAAGGAAUGCAGUACUGCAAUGGCAAUGGGGGAGCAUUAGUUUUGCCAAGAAGUCUUUUAGAAAACAAUGCAUUAAUGAAAGUAUUAGUAUCCAGUGCUUUUACUAAGAAAGCAUUUAUUAGAAUCACAGACAGAGAAAAAGAGGGAGAGUUUGUAGACACUGAUGGAAAGAAGUUGAUGUUUACCAACUGGUAUCCUGGUCAGCCUGAUAACUAUAAGGGAGUUCAAGAUUGCGGCGCUAUUACAGACACAGGCUCAUGGGACGAUCUCAGCUGUGAUGGUCUGCAACCCAUCAUAUGCGAAAUAGAGAUCAAAUAGAAUGUAUACCACACUAUACAGGUUGUUUUUUUGCACAAAAAAUAUGUCAUAUUUUACUAACACGUUUAACUUUAGAGGAGUUAAGAAAUUAAUAUUUGAUAUAAUAUACCUGAACAUGCGUUUUUGAUCAACUGUAUUAAAUAAUAAAUCCAUUAAAUGUGAUAAAUCCAUUAAAUCCAGAGAAACUCAAAAUUUCUCUUUUUUUCCAAAACUACAUCUGAACCACUGAUCUAUAUUAGAGAUUAUUAUGCUUUCAUUCAUUCAUUUUCCUUCAGCUUCGUCCAUUGGAAUGUUGUUCCAGGGUCAACAUAGAUGUUAAUACAGGAACAUGUCCUACUUGGUCAAAUCAGGUUGGCUGUAAAAAUAUGCAAUGUUUUCGUUUGAUUUGUUUUGUCAUUGAACUUUGAUCCUGUGGCCAGUUGCAUGAAAUGCUUUGAACCUUU